AUGGAAACCUCUGCAAAGCAGCCGAUAUCGUCAGCCUUCCCAUUCAAAAAAUUCAAAGUAAAGGUCUUGGGCUCUGAAAUGGCAUACGUCGACACCGGUACAGUGGGAUCGACCGUAGUCGUCUUCCUCCACGGCAACCCCACAUCUUCAUAUCUCUGGCGAAAUAUCAUUCCCUACGUGUCUGGGAAAGCCCGAUGCAUUGCGCCGGAUCUGAUUGGUUUCGGCGACUCUGAAAAGGUUCCCACUCUACCCUAUCGUGUUUCCGAUCACCAAAGAUACGUGGACGCAUUCAUGGAAAGUGUCGUGCCCAAUGAGACGGUGGUCCUGGUUGUUCACGAUUGGGGAUCCGCCCUAGGCCUCGACUGGGCUCGCCGUCACGAAGCCCGUGUGGCAGGUGUCGCCUUCAUGGAGUUUCUACCUCCGUCGGACAGCUGGGCAGAGUUCCGUCCACAAUUUGUCGAAAUGUUCACAAAGUUCCGAGACCCCCAGCUCGGCCGAACUCUGCUGAUAGACCAGAAUCUCUUCGUCGAAAGAGUCCUUCAGUCCGGCGUCGUCCGACCCCUUACAGACAAAGAGAUGCUCGAGUACCGGAGACCAUUCCUCAAGCCAGAGUGGAGGGAACCGGUAUAUAGAUUUCCGAAUGAACUGCCCAUUGCGGGUCAGCCCCCGGAAACGUGGGAGAAGGCGCAGAAGUACAUGGCAUUCCUGUCUGAAAGCGAGCUGCCAAAGCUGCUCUUCUGGGUCAACCCUGGCGUCUUUGUCGGUGAAGUUCGUGCAAGAAGAUUUCAAGAACAAUUCCGGAAUAUCAGGACAGUUUAUCUCGGCAAUGGAUCGCAUUACGUGCAAGAGGAUUAUCCUCAUGAAAUUGGUCGAGAAUUGGAAGAAUGGUUGCCAAUAGGGAAGAGAGGACUAUUGUGA